AUGAAGAAGAAAUGCGAGCUCUGCUGCGACUCAAUCGCAAACGUGCUAUGCGAAUCUGAUCGCGCCGUCCUUUGCUGGGAUUGCGAUUCCAAGAUCCACGCGUCCAAUUUCCUCUUCGCCAAACACCUCCGUUUUAUCCUUUGUCAUUCCUGCCAUUGCCCAAGUUCAUGGACCUCUUCCGGUCCCAAUCUCACCCCGAUUCUUGCUGUCUGCCACGCCUGCGCUGUCGCAACUCGUAAAAUCCUUGGCAGCAACGGCGUAGACGGUGGCCAAGGACCCGAGUCUGAUCAUGGUGAGGAAGAAAUAGAAGAUGACCGUACUAGAGUCGAUGAUCAAGACGAAGACAACGACAACGAUGAAGAAAACAACCAAGUUGUUCCUCAAUCCUCUCAUACUGCUCCGAUUUUCAACGGACAGCCAGGGUUAUUCUAA